AUGGAUAAACCCCUUCCAGCCUCUCAAACGAAACAUCUGACCAAUCUCUCCCACCCACUUCCACCACCUCAUUCUAAUAUCUCAGUAAAUUUACGUCAAAUCUCCUCUUCUUCCGGUGGUGGGGGGACUGGAACGACGGGUACGACGGGUACGACAUUAUGGUUAUCUGCUCAGAUACUUUCUUUAUACCUUUCCUCGAUUCUGGGUACGAGCACCACAUCGAACAAUAAGAAUAACUGUAAUGGUGUUAGAAUUAACCGAGAUGAUGAUGAUCAGAAGAAGCAAAAAGUGGUCCUUGAAUUAGGUAGUGGGAUAGGAUACACUCCCCUUGUUCUAGCGAACCUGGGUUGGAAAGUGAUAUCAACAGAUAUAGAACCUGUUCUGAGUAAAGUGUUAAAACCUAACAUCGAAUAUAAUAAACGAAUCGUUGGGAAUGGAAUAGGUGAAAUAGAAGUGAAAGAAUUAGAUUGGCUAUAUUUUGAUCAAUCACAAAAUCAGAAUAAUAACGAUAUCCAAAUACCAGAUGAGAUGAAGUACUUGGGAAAAAUCGAUAUGAUCAUAAUGUCAGAUACAUUCUAUUCCCUCUCUUUGAUCCGACCAUUAUGGAAUACCCUCUUAUACAUCUCUCACUUAAAAGACGACGACAAACCACCAGUGAUUUAUAUAUCUUUGGAAAGACGUGAUUCACUUUUGAUCGAUCAUGCUUUAGAGACAGGUAAGAAGAUGGGAUUCGAUCUGAAGAAAGUGAACAAGAGUAGAUUAACUAAGGAGAUUCAGUCUUCUGGAUGGGGAUGGGAGGGAGAAGAUUGGGAUGGAGUUGAAAUUUGGAAAUGUCGUUGGAAGGGUAAAUAA